CCGGCGCAGCUGGCGCACCCCAGACCUAUCAUCCUGCUCGGCCGCCCCCGCACGCCCGCGCCGCUGCGGCCUGCAGAGCUCUCCUGGCGCCUCACCGCGUGCUGGGUUUGGUGGUGCCUGUCCGGAACUCGGGAGCCUGGGUUUCGCCUGGACUCUGUAUAUGGCCAGCAUGGUGGGGGUAGUCAUACCCCGCUCUCAACUAACACGUAAAGAAGCGUGUGCACCAGAUUGCCUUUCUGAGGGUCCCCACCCAAGCCUCUGGAUAAAGCUUGGUGCUGUCUUGGGGUUUUCGAGCCUCGGCCCCAAGGAAGGCAGUCCUGGAGAGGUACCUGCCACUCAAAGUGGAGGCCACUGGGUAUUCCAUUCAAGCCUCCAGAGCGAGCUGCUGGGAGGAUGAAAGGGGAAGUUACUCACCUCACUUAAAACUUUGUUGGUCAGAGCUUUAGUGGCUACUUCCUGCUUCUUCCAUCCCACAUCGGACCUAUGUGCCUUGCAUAGGGGCCUGUGGAUCCUGCAUAGGGGCCAGUAGGAUGGGGGAGAGCUGGCUGGCCUUCUCUGGCUGUGGAGGGCGCCGCGGCACGUGUGUGCGGGGAUCCCUGUUGGCAGUUGUGGCCGGGAGGGGAGGUCUGGCUUGCUGCUGUAGGGGAAUCUUGGCUUGGUAGCGGCCUGGAGGUCUUGCCUCUCUCCUUGUGCCUGCAGCUUCAGGGCUGAGACUGGAGGUCUAGGGAAGGUGGAAGAACUGCAGCUCUUAGAAGAAGCCUCUCCUUAGCGGAGGAAACCAUUUGUCUUGCUCCAGAACCUGCCAGGGAUGUGAAUAAUAGGGGUAUAAACAUUCAAUUACUGCGAUAAGCUAUCUCAUUGCGUGGCCCUGGCCCAGUCUCCAUUCUAAUUGGAUUGGCCUCUGGCUGGUUACUGUGGUCUGAGAGCUCCCAGGGGACAAGAGGAUGAAGAACCUGGAAGGCAUCCCCCAGAACACACAGCCUGCUCUGGGACAGCCUGCCUACGGCAGUGUGGCUUCUCCAAGUGCCAGGAUCCAGGGUCCAGUGAAGCACCAUGAACCGGGAGGCAUAGAUGAGCCCAAGAGCCCUUCUGCAAGAAGGAAGAAGAGCCAGCAGUUCUUUCUCCUGUGCUUGACCGCAUAGCCCAGCAUUUUUCUCUGCCCCUGCUCUGCCCCCACCAGCUCCUGGACUAGGGCAGGGCUUCUGGCAGGACCCGCCCCCAGGGGAUGGGCGACUGGUGAAGUAGGACUCACUGCUGGGGCCCAGUUGGCCACACCAUGAACCUCCAGGCCCAGCCCAAGCCUCAGAACAAGCGGAAGCGUUGCCUCUUUGGGGACCAGGAAGCAGCUUCCAAGGAGCACUUACCACCCCUUCAGGCCCCACAGCAGCCCUCGGCCCCUCCACAGUCCACCAGAGUGAAGGAGGAACCUUACUUUGGGCACGAGGGCCUGGCAGGAGCCACCCCUGCCUCCCAGUCUGUGGAACUGCCCCCUCCCAACAGCCUGGCCCUGCUGAACUCUGUGGUGUAUGGGUCUGAGCGGACCACGGCAGCCAUGUUGUCCCAGCAGGUGGGCUCAGUCAAGUGGCCCAACUCUGUGAUGGCUCCAGGGCGGGGCCCAGAGCGUGGAGGGAGUGCUGGUGUCAGUGACAGUGGCUGGCAGCAGCAGCCUGGUCAGCCUCCACCCCAUUCAACAUGGAACCGCCACAGCCUGCCCCUCUACAGUGGACCCAAGGGGAGCCCCCAUCCGGGUAUGGCGGUCUCCACCUACUAUAACCACCCUGAGGCACUGAAGCGGGAGAAAGGAGGGGGGCCACAGCUGGACCGCUAUGGAAAUGCAGUGCGGCCGAUGAUGCCCCAAAAGGUACAGCUGGAGGUGGGGCGGCCCCAGGCACCCCUGAACUCUUUCCAUGUGGCUAAGAAGCCGCCAAACCAGACGCUGCCUCUGCAGCCCUUCCAGCUGGCAUUCGGCCACCAGGUAAACCGGCAGGUCUUCCGGCAGGGCCCACCGCCCCCCAACCCGGUUGCUGCCUUCCCACCACAGAAACAGCAGCAGCAAGCAGCCCUACCCCAGAUGCAGCUCUUUGAGAACUUCUAUCCCAUGCAGCAGCCGCCCUCUCAGCAGCCCCAGGACUUUGGCCUGCAGUCAGCUGGGCCACUCGGGCAGUCCCAUCUGGCUCACCACAGCAUGGCCUCCUACCCCUUCCCCCCAAACCCUGACAUGAACCCAGAACUGCGCAAGGCCCUACUGCAGGAGUCAGCCCCGCAGCCUGUGCUACCUCAGGCCCAGAUCGCCUUCCCCCGCCGCUCCCGCCGCCUCUCUAAGGAGGGCAUCCUGCCUUCCACCACCCUGGAUGGGGCUGGCACCCAACAUGGACAGGAGCCCACCAGCAACCUGUUCCUACACCACUGGGCCCCACAGCAGCCACCAGCCAGCCAUCUGGGGCAGCCCCAUCCUGAAGCUCUGGGAUUCCCUCUGGAGCUGAGGGAGGCGCAGUUGCUGUCUGAUGGGGAGAGACUGGCACCCAAUGGUCGGGAGCGGGAGGCCACCACCAUGGGCAAUGAGGAGGGUAUGCGGGCAGUGGGCCUGGGGGACUGUGGGCAGGUGCUACGGGGUGGCGUGAUCCAGAGCACUCGACGGAGGCGCCGGGUGUCUCAGGAGGCCAAUUUGCUGACCCUGGCCCAGAAGGCAGUGGAGCUGGCCUCACUGCAGAACACAAAGGAUGCCAGUGGCUCUGAGGAGAAGCGGAAAAGUGUAUUGGCUUCAACAACCAAGUGUGGGGUGGAGUUUUCUGACCCUUCCUUAGCUGCCAAACGAGCACGAGAGGACAGUGGGAUGGUUCCCCUCAUCAUCCCAGUGUCUGUGCCUGUGCGGACUGUGGACCCAACUGAGGCAGCCCAAGCUGGAGGUGUUGAGGAUGGGAAGGGUCCUGAACAGAAUCCCACUGAACACAAGCCGUCAGUCAUUGUCACCCGCAGGCGGUCCACCCGUAUUCCUGGGACUGAUGCCCUUGCUCAGGCUGAGGACAUGAGUCAGAGGUUGGAGGGGGAAACUUCGGUGCGGAAACCAAAGCAGCGGCCUCGGCCUGAGCCCCUCAUCAUCCCCACCAAGGCGGGCACUUUCAUUGCCCCUCCCGUGUACUCCAACAUCACCCCAUACCAGAGCCACCUGCGCUCUCCCGUCCGCCUAGCUGACCACCCCUCCGAGCGGAGCUUUGAGCUGCCCCCCUACACACCACCCCCCAUCCUCAGCCCUGUGCGGGAAGGCUCUGGCCUCUAUUUCAAUGCCAUCAUGUCAACGAGCAGCAUCCCGGCCCCUCCUCCCAUCACACCAAAGAGCGCCCAUCGCACCCUGCUCCGGUCUAAUAGUGCUGAAGUCACCCCGCCUGUCCUCUCUGUGAUGGGGGAGGCCACCCCAGUGAGCAUCGAGCCACGUAUCAACGUGGGCUCCCGGUUCCAAGCAGAGAUCCCCUCGAUGAGGGACCGUGCCUUGGCAGCUGCAGACCCCCACAAGGCUGACUUGGUGUGGCAGCCAUGGGAAGACCUAGAGAGCAGUCGUGAGAAGCAGAGGCAAGUGGAAGACCUGCUGACAGCUGCCUGCUCCAGCAUUUUACCUGGCGCUGGCACCAACCAGGAGCUGGCCCUGCACUGUCUGCAUGAGUCCAGGGGAAACAUCCUGGAGACGCUGAAUAAGCUGCUAUUGAAGAAGCCCCUCCGGCCCCACAACCACCCACUGGCAACUUAUCACUACACAGGCUCUGACCAGUGGAAGAUGGCUGAGAGGAAGCUGUUCAACAAGGGCAUUGCCAUCUAUAAGAAGGAUUUUUUUCUGGUGCAGAAGCUGAUCCAGACAAAGACCGUGGCCCAGUGUGUGGAGUUCUACUACACCUACAAGAAGCAGGUGAAAAUUGGCCGCAAUGGGACUCUAACCUUUGGAGAUGUGGACACAAGUGAUGAGAAGUCAGCACAGGAAGAGGUUGAAGUGGAUAUUAAGACUUCCCAGAAGUUCCCAAGGGUGACUCUGUCCAGAAGAGAGUCCCCAAGUGAAGAGAGACUGGAGCCCAAGAGGGAAAUAAAGGAGACCGGGAAGGAGGGGGAGGAAGAGGUGCCAGAGGUCCAGGAGAAAGGGGAGCAGGAAGAGGGACGAGAGCGAAGCCGGAGGGCAGCGGCCGUCAAAGCCACCCAGACACUACAGGCCAAUGAGUCGGCCAACGACAUCCUCAUUCUCCGAAGCCAUGAGUCUAACGCCCCUGGGUCUGCUGGUGGCCAGGCUGCAGAGAAGCCAAGGGAGGGGGCAGGGAAGUCUCGAAGGGCACUACCUUUCUCGGAGAAGAAGAAAAAAACAGAGACCUUUAAUAAGACCCAGAAUCAGGAGAAUACUUUCCCUUGUAAAAAAUGUGGCAGGGUGUUUUCCAAGGUUAAAAGCCGCAGCGCCCACAUGAAGAGCCACGCAGAGCAGGAGAAGAAGGCCGCCGCUUUGAGGCAGAGGGAGAGAGAGGCCGCCGCCGCCGCCGCUUCUGCGGCCAACGCCUCCCCACACCAGCCGUCCCUGCGGGAGGAGAGCAGCGCGGGCGACAGGGGCUGAGGCCCGGGGCUCGGCUGGAGGCCCUCCCUGCACCAACCAGCCCUGCUGGCGCCCACCAGCGCCCUGGAGCCUCCAGAGGGAGAAAGGAGAGAUCACAUGGACUUUUUCUGAAAAACAAAAAGACGAUAAAAUAAACGGCUCUUUUAUUUAUUAAGGCCCCAGGAGCAGUCUUAAGGGCUGUAGGAUCCAGUUUCUUUGCAUUCAGUCUGUUGGAAGUUGUCCUUCCGCUUUCCUGGAACUGUGAGAGUCCUUGCUCUCCGGGGCUGCCCCUGGGGAGGGUCUCCAGCCGCUGCCACUGCUGCCUCACACCAGGACCUCUGCUGCCACGCAGUCCCUGUCCGUACUCUUUGUUCCCCCUGCCCCACUCGGUCACCAUGGAGAGCCAAGCACAAGCGCACCCACAACCCCCCACUCCGUUGCAGCGUUAUUCCCCCUCCUUAGAGGACCUCAAAGGCUGCACAGGCCUGCCUAAAGCCGGGGAAAAAGGAGCUCCCUUGGUGGGAGUGUGGUGGCCAUCUCUGAGAGUAAGCUCAGCCUGGCACCUGUGCAGUCCCUGCAUGACAAUUUCCAGGCCUAUGCUGUUCCAGUGACCCUGUUCUCAGGCACCGCCUCCAUGGGAGGGAAGCCACCAGAAUGCCUAGAGGGAGUGAAACCUAGGACAGGUACCUAUUUUGCUGCUUGCUCGCAGCCUUCCGGAGCUGGAAAGUUUGGGGAAGGGAACAAUGUUCCUGUCCAAGCUCUCAGCCCACUGGAGGAAAGGGAACUAUGCAAUGGUUGGAAGACCAGGGACCAGGAGCUUUUGAUAAUAAGCCUUGGCUCUUCUACUUCCCACCUUUUUGCCAAAUCCUUGGGCUCUGGAGGCUACUAAGGGAGCUUAGCCUACGCCCAGCCUGCGCCUCCACGGUAGAUGUUUCCUGAUUGCCUCUGCCCUGCCCUUUUCAACUGCCACCUAACCACCCCACCUGGCCUAGUGUUGAUAAUCCACAGCUCAGCCCCCAGUCCUGCAUGCUGGAGAUUUCUGGAUCCUUCCCUGGGAGGAGAGAGGUUUCCUAGCCAGAUUGGACAGGAGCCUUCAUUCCUGUUGUCAUUUGGGAGCUAUUUAUUUAUUCUGAAUAUUUAAUUUUUAACACAUCCUCUCAGGGACCAGGGGCCUCCUGUUUUCCAGAGGCCCAAGUGCAUUUAUCCCAAAACAAGGCACUUUCUUGGCAUCCACCCCACCCCAUUCCCAAGACCCUACGGUCCCUUACCUAGUUGCUCUGGGAGCUCUUGUCUAUAGGAAUGACAGUGGCACUGAAAGAGGGUGGAAAGUACCACCAAAGCCACACAUAGACUGGUAGAAGCAAGGGAGAUCAAAGGCAGUUCUUGUUACUCUUCUCGGGCUGUACUUUCAGAUUGUUUGAGGGGAUUGGCUGGAAGCCAGAAUUCUGGUUUGGUUUCUGGUUUGAAGAAUCCAUAUUUGGCAUCAAGUCACUGAAGUGAAAGGGCUGGAAGGUUCUGGAGGCCCCCUCACUUGCCAGUCCCAUAGAAGGACUGAGUUAUUUUUUAUCUUGUCACUGAAAUUUAGUUAUAUAAAAGAAGUUCUAAAUUAAUUUAAAUGUGUGACAGGUCAACAUGUUAGGAAGGAGCCAAAAAGUAUUCAUUCUGCUACUCCUUAUGAGAUAGGCAUCAUGCUGAUAGCUGGGAAAUGGGGAGUUUUGUUUAUAUACUAUGCACUAACAAGUAUUUUUCAGCAUUCAUUUAUGCAUUAAUAUGGUUCUACAGGACCCCAGCUAUGAGGAACAAAAUUCUCCCCCCAGACUCCUGGAUGGCUACAUAGAUUUCCAACUUCCCCAUUAGUUUUCUCCAUAGAUGUCUAUAAGCUCAAUGUCUCAAGGUUGCAAAAAUCUGGUAUACUCUCCAGGAAUAGUAGGGUAGCAAAUUUAGGCUCUCUUCUAAAUCACUUGUAUGAGUGCCUUCGCAACUUCACCCCAAAGUGCUACUUAUAUUUCCCAAGGUUUUUUCUAUUUAAACCAUAUUUAGUUUCAGGCCCCUUUUUGGACAUGUGGUAACAGAAAUCCUGUUUAGAGUGAUUCUUAUUUUCUAAAUUAAUGGAGACUGCACCAGGUGAAUGUAGGUAGAGAAAAUCAAGGUAGUACCUUGGUAUUUAUUAAUCCCACCAGAUACCAUAUUUUAGAAGGGUUCAUGCUUCAGGAUGAGUUUGUACCUAGAAUGCAAUGUGAAAGUUAAAAUGUUUAGAGGGCAGAUGCAAUUCUGGCAAGUGACCAGCCAAUAAAGUAGGUAUAGCCAUAGAAGCUGGCCUAGGUAUGCCUUUUAUGGUGCUUUCUCCUUGUGAACACAUUAGGCUCUUCUUUUUUCUUUUCCCUUCUCCUCAGAGCUCUUUGCUUUAAGAAGUUAAAUGAUGAACAUCUCCAGCUUUAUAAUGCCCUCACCACACCAUUUCAUAUCCAUCUCCCAGUCUCCAUCUACACUCAGCUUAAGGGCAUGAAA